UCAGAUCCAAAAGGAGUCCAUUCCGUUUCUUUCUCCUUCACGCUAUUAACAAAUCGAGCAUUUCCCCCUUAAUCUAGCAUUCCCUCAUUCAUCGCCAUUUUCUCUCUCCACACUUCACCCAGGCGGAAGUGGAAGGUUUGAUUUGUUAGCAAUGGCGACAGUUCGAAUGUUUUCCUUCACUCUUCUCUUUGCUGUUUUGCUUGUUCAACAAUGUAUCUGCACAGAUCCGCCUGCAAGUUCACCAAGUCCUGCACCGGAAUCUGGCGCUGAUGUAGCUUCUCCACCGGUGAGUCCGGCUCCAUCGCCUUCAUCAAAUCUAACUUCUCCGCCGGCACCUUCACCGUCAGAUCUCUCUCCGAAUUCAUCUCCGGCGCCAUCACCGGGUGAUUCUAUCUCUAAAGAUUCCCCGUCGCCGGCUCCGAAUUCCGAAGCUGCGAGUGAUAUUAGCCACGAGAGUGCAGAGUCGUCGAAGGAAUCAUCUGGUGGUGGAAUGACGAGUGGAAAGAAGGCCGGAAUAGCAGUCGGAGUGAUCGCCGCCGUUUGUUUUGUAGGUGUCGGUGCAAUUGUGUACAAGAAGCGACAACAAAAUAUCCAGCGAUCUCAGUUCGGGUAUGAUGCUAGGAGAGAAAUUCUUUGAUAUAUCUUCAUAUGCAAAUCAGUUCAUAUAGUAUACUACAGAUGUAUGUAAGUCUACUGCAUCAUGAUUAGAUUUGUUUCAUUUGGAAUUUCUACUACAAUAUCAUUGGAUUCAUUUGAUUCUUUACCCACUGGAUUCAUUAGUUUUGUCUGCUAUUGGAAAUUUAACUUUUGAUAA